AUGUUGAAAAAAGUGGCGCUCGUGACUGACGCGGACCAGGGCAUCGGCAUCGACCUCGUGAAGACACUCAGCAAGAGAUUCAACGGGGUCUUCUACUUCACCUCCCGGGAUCCAGAAAAGGGAUUGCUAGCCACCGCAGCUCUGCAAAAGAUCGGCUGCAAUGUAGAAUAUUUUCACCUAGACAUCUCAGACAGAGAAAGCAUCAUUCGCUUCAGAGACUUCGUCGUGCAGAACUAUUGGGGCAUCGAUACUCUGAUCAACAACGUCGCUAUCGACAAUGGCGCGUACGAGUGCGAAUCCUUCGAGAAGAGCAAGAGGAUCGUGACGGACUAUUACUUUAACUUCGUGAUGAUCGAGGAGUUGCUAUUUCCUUUGCUGGUUGACAAUGCGCGUGUGAUUUACGUUUCCAAGCAGAGUGAUGUAAGUUGUGUUAGAAACGAAUAUUGGCACGAGAGACUGUCCAUGAAACAUUUGAGGGAGGCUGAUAUCAAUGACUUUUUGGUGUGGUAUUUGGAGGCGAUUAAGGAAGGGAUGUUUAACCCGGCGGAUAUAGUGGAAGACGGGAUGGUGGCGCCGUACAGAGUGGCUAUAGUAGCGCUCGGCUUGUUAGUGACGUUGCAGCGAAAGAAGUUACAAUCUAGAUCUAUAUGUGUGGAGUAUUUCUCGCCAAAAUGGUCGUUUAAAAAUUCCUCUCAAUUGACUGCGCUGUUAUAG